CCAUUUCCCGGAGUCUCAUUUCCAUUGCGACGGCUGGCGAGCAACAUGCGGGCGAUCGUGGUGGUGCUUCUGGCCGUGACUUCGGUGGCGGUGCUGGCGAAGGACCCGUAUGGCGAAGACUGCCGAUAUCAGCAGUAUCCUCCGACAGGAGCAACGUUCAGAGGGAGCGUUCCAGAUUACAUAAUCAAUCUUGACUUGCCACCUCGUGAAAGAUGGGUCCAGUUGGCACAUGAGAAGAAAGAUGAGCUGAAGACCAUAGUUGAACAUAUCAAAAAAGUUAUGAUUGUGUUCUUCCCAAGUGGCAAACUGCUACACUUGUUGGAAUCAAAAAUGGCUUGGUUAGGAUCUACCCUUCCUUAUCCUUUCAAUGAAGAGAUCGAAGGCAUUGCUCACGCAGCUGAAGUUGGAUUAGGUGACAUUGUUGUAUUCAAUGUCUUCUACGAAAUCUUCACGGUGUGCACUUCAAUAAUAGCAGAAGACAAAGCAGGAAAGCUGUAUCACGCUAGAAAUCUUGAUUUUGGGCUCUUUCUUGGGUGGGAUAUUAAAAAUAGUUCCUGGAUUGUAACACAGAUAUUGAAACCCUUAAUGGUGUCACUGGAUUUUCAGCGGAACAAUAAGACAGUCUUCCGUUCUGCAAACUUGGCAGGCUACGUGGGAAUGGUAUCUGGAAUCAGACCGGGCAUUUUUACUCUGACCAUGAAUGAGCGUUUCAGUAUUGAUGGAGGUUAUAUUGGAGUCUUUGAGUGGAUCUUUGGCAAGAGAGAUGGGUGGUGGAUGGGCUUCCUUACUAGAAGUGUCCUUGAAAAUAGCACAAGCUACGAAGAGGCAAAGGACAGACUGACCAAUGCGAGACUGCUGGCUCCGGCUUAUUUCAUAUUGGCAGGAAACCAAUCUGGACAGGGAAGUGUGAUUACACGUUCCCGAACUGCUGCCCUAGAUGUUUGGAACCUGAAUGCAAGUUUUGGGACCUGGUAUGUGCUAGAAACCAAUUACGAUCGCUGGAAGGUUCCAUUGGCUGUGGAUGAUCGGAGGACCCCGGCAAUGAAGUGCAUGAACCGAACGAUGCAACAGAAUGUCUCACUACCAGCUUUGUACAAUGUUCUCUCCACAAAGCCUAUCCUUAAUAAGUUGACCGUUUCUACAACAUUGAUGGAGGUUUCUGAAGGCCGUAUAGAGACUUACUUGAGAGACUGUCCAGAUCCUUGUAGUCCUUGGUGAGGACUGAACACGCCAGGGAAAUUAAUGUUCUCCAGAGUGAACGAGAGAGCAACUAUACUUCUGCCAAGAACCUUCUUAGCCCGCAGAGUAUCCAAUGAGAUGUUUAUCCACUGUAGCCCAUGGGCUCUUCCGCCUGAGGCACAUGUCUUAAGAGUGGAGCAUCCUGCUUCGUUAACUGCUUACAGCCCAACACACCGGCACUUAAUGUCCUGUCACUCUUACUUUCAAGUGUCUGCUUUUUUAUGAAUGGAACAAACAAUUGCCUUUGGAUUCCCACUGCUGCUGCAGCUAGUCAGCUUUCAGGAAACUGUGUCUGCGUUAGGGUUUUGAGAGAUGGGUUGGAAGCGGUACUGCACAAGCUGCUUCAGGGUCAGCAGGGCUUUGUUUUGAGACGAGGGGUGAAUUAAAGCAAGGCCGCCUUGGCGGUGAGUAAGGGAAGUCCUUGCUGUUCAUCUAGUCUCCCAGUUACUCCUCUGUUCCCACUGUUCUGCCUCUCUCUUUCUGCGCUGACCUGAAGAAAUGCUGCAGGGGCUGUCCAUAUGACACCCCCUAGCCCUGUGGGAAAGUGGGAGAGAUUGCCAUGCAGUGGUCAGUGCGGCCUGUGAGAAAAGCAGUACAGAAUUCUUGAGAUAAAGAGUACCUCAGAGCUGUCCUGGCUGUUAGUGUUUUUCAUGGUGGGGGGGGGGCAGGAUAGUUAUCCCAUGUUUGCUGCGUCACAAACGGCACUGGUCUCCUGACCUUUAAAAGAUUAGAAGUCCGUGAUUCUAACAAAGAAAAGAGGGAA